AUGAAUAUCAACAUUCCGUAUAUGCCCACAGCUAUGCCGCUGUUCAACGAAGGCAACCCGUUGGCACAUAACGGCCAGAUGCCGAUGGGCUUCUCUGGAAUGAAUAUGGAACACAAUAACCUCAACGAUAUCAACCAUACCAUGAUCAAUAAUGUGAAUAACGACAUCAAUAGUAUGGGUCACAUCAAUAAUCACAUCAGUCAUAAUGACCCUAGUAGUAACUCCUUGACUCCGUCACCGGUCUCGGGAGCGUUCCCUCCAUCUUCCCGGUUGGAUAUCACUCCUCAAGUAGCUCCACAGCUGUAUUUCCAAACACCAAAACUGGAAGUGAGUCCGACGUUUGUUGGCCAGAACCAACCUGUUUUCUUUACGCCUGUAACGAAUGGACCUCCCACGGCCACUUUUCCUGUAAUGGGAACGCCCAUGGGUAAUGCCAAUGGUGCUAUGGCAUUUUCACCAAUCACUCCUGGAGUCAAUAAUACUGGCAAGUACGUUGUUCAAAGCUCACCAAUCUGGAACAACUCUUCGCCAACUGUGGUUCAAUAUUCGCCCAUUCAGUCGUCGAACGAUUUUUUGAAGAGUAGCCCUACUGUAGGACUUGGUUUGUCAUUGGAGAUGAAUCCCAUCCAAGAACACAUGGUACAGGUUCAACAGUUUAGGACAAUACAAGAGCAGCAAGAUCAACAACAAAAUCAGAAUCAACAGAAUCAGCAACAACUACAAAAUCAGCAAAUGCAACAGAAUCAACAAUUUCAGAAUCAACAGUUUCAAAACCAACAGCUUCAACAACAGCAUUUACAGCAGCAUUUGCAGUCCCAUAUUCAGCAGAAGUUCCAACAGCAACAACAACUUCUUGCGAGACAGUUUAACAAUAAUACAAAAGUAGUGCAACAGCAAGUCCAGAACGUUGCACAAGUUCCAGUUCUGGAAGCUGUGAAGACUCCUAGAUCACCAAAUACGCCCAAGACGCCCAAGAAAAAACCUGGUUUGACUAAAAAGAAAUCGAGCUCAGUUGCAAAGAAAAAGAAAGAAGUUGCUUCGGCUAAGUUGGAGUCGCCUAUAAUGGAAACGCCGUGCACAGUAACCUCAACUGAGAUUUCUCCUGGUGGAAACUCCACCAUUUAUGAGAAUGAAUCGCCUACCACCAUUGAGAUGACGAGUCCGCAGAACUCGUCAAGCAAUGGAGGUUCAGCUGUAAAACAUGAAUCCGAGUUAACCGUAGACGAUAUUCUUAACUCAGAUCCGUUUGAGAAUAUGAAACAUGCUCUAUUAGAAGGUGAGCAGCCUACCGACGAUCUUAUUUCUGAGUUUAUCGACUUUGACUGUGACGAUCGCUCUUCUUCUGAAGAUAUCGACAUAGACCAUAUCCACAAGGACUUCAACGAUAUCUUUGGCGAGCCAGCUGCUUUGGAGUCUGCUCCUGAAAAGGAGAGACUUGCAAGCAUUAGCGAAGAUACUUUGCCUACAAGCGUGAAUAACAGCUCAAACUCAGAGUCUUCGCCGACUGGCAGUAGCAAUUCAGUAAAGACACCCAAGAAGAAAAGCACUUCCAAGGUGAAUAAGAAGGUGUUGAAAAAGGCUAGCUCGUUUAGUGGAAACUCGGCUUCUUCUACUUCUACCUCGUCAACUUUCAUAUUUAAUUCCAAGGUAAACAUGGCCAAGUCACAGUCGACAUUGAUAUUGGACACGCCGUCCAAAAAGUCUAAGCCCACGCUGCUCUCUUUCAGUGAGUGUUCACAAAGAAUUCCCAUAUUUGCAUUGGGGAACCACUUCUCUUUUGUAUACGAAAACGGAGAAUCGAUCAACAAAUCUCUCAGUUCCAGUUACACAUCGGUUCCGGCUCCGUUAAGAAAGACGAAGUCUUCAGUAAACUUCAAGAGCUUGGGAACAUCUCAGCUGCUGUACGAUGGCUUCACACAUCUGUCGCUCAAGGACUCUCCACGAACCUUGAAGAACAUGCAAGCAGGCUUGGUUGAGUUUCAGCUCGAUAUGAAUGGAAAGAAACGUUAG